CAGCAGCUGCAGCGGCUUCUUACUUUCGGUGUCGCUGGGGGGCCCACGGCGCCCCAAAUGCCUUUAUUGCCUGCGGGUGCGUCGCGUGCUCGGUGGGGGCGGGGGGGCUGCCCAAGCGGUUGCUCUGCUUUCGGGGCGCUCCUUCAGUGGGAGGACGGCGCCGGGUUAGGGUUAGGGCGGGGUGGCGUGCUCCGAGCGCGGGCAGCAGCACGCGCUGUGGCUGGUGCCCCGGCAGGUGCGGGGUGUGCCUCCAGCAGCCGUUGUGCCGCUGGAAGGCAAAUAUUUUCGCAGCAGGCGAAGCAGGCGGGAAAAGGGAGAGUGCGGCCGCGCGCAUCCCCUGCGCCCUCCGCGGGGGGACCGGUGCUUCACGCGAUGCACUCCCAAGGCAAACGUGCGCGGCGCACGGUACAAAUCCCGCCCGUGCCGGUUCCACCACGCCCGGCACCAGCGCCCUGUCGAACCAAUUUGCGUUGACUGGGAAGAGGAGGCUGAGGAACUCGCGUCGAGGUUUUCUCAGCGAGAGGCACGGCGUCCGCACUGCUUCUCCACCCCUGUCGCGGAGCGAACACCAGACAUCGAUGCCGGCGUAUUUUACAAGGAUGGUUCAAGGAGGGGAGAGGCGCCGUGGUUUGGAAGAGGCGUGGUUGGGGAGGCGCCGGGUUACAUUUUAUUCUGCUGUGGGCCCCUUGCGGCCCGGCGUGCGAAAUUUGGCUUUGGGGGGAUUCGAGGUGCCCGAGCUUCACUUUGGUCAGCCACUGGCUCACUUCUUUUGCAACCCGUUCGGUCUCCGCGGCCACUGA